AUGUAUAAUAUUUGCAGAGAAAUAAAUACACGCGGUACAAUUAAUGGAAUAGCUGAUAUACCACGCAUAAAUCUUACGGUUGUGCAAGGACGUGUACCGGAUCCAAAUAUGGAACCGGCACGAUUAGUCUCUGUUGGUGAUCCAUUAAUGUACAUUUGGCAUUUGAACUCUAAAACAGGAAUUUAUGGUAUAUGGGUAAAAGAAUGUUCAGUUGAAGCAGAAGAUGGUCGUAGGAUGAAAAUAAUCGAAAAUGGUUGUUCGUUGGAUUCUGUUAUCGUAUCCAAUGUACAGUAUCCAGAGAAUAAUCUUAAGGCAUUUGCCGACGGAUUAGCAUUUAAAUUUCCGGAUACUGAUGAAGUAUGGAUAACAUGCGCAGUUGCCACAUGUCUACGAAAAUUUGAUCAACUAAUUAUCACUAAUAAUACUGAUUAUUUGUGUCCUAAACAGCCAGAUUGCUCCAGGCGAAUAAGACGAUCGAUGGAAGAAGAAAAGAAGAGUACCGAAAUUUAUUCAACGGAUAAUUUAGUACAUCAUAAGCUUCAUGUAAUUGAUCAACCAAUUCAUACUUUGCCAUAUCAAAAUAUGGCAGAGAAAGCAUUAAGGCUUUCUGAUGGAAUUUGUGUUGAUAAGAAAUUUUUCGCCGGAACAUUUGCUGCCUUAACAACGGCAUAUUUAGCCACGAUAACGGUAGCGGGUGGUUUUGGUCUAUCGAUCUAUCGAUCUCAGCGUAAACAAUAA